AUGGACCUCGAACAAUCCUUGGCCGCCCUCCUGGUGGCCACCGUGCCCACGUGCGAGGCCGCGCUCGCCACCAAGACCCUCGUGUUCAAGCCCAAAACCGCCAAGACCGCCACCCCCGUGCCCGUGGUUGUUUUUGCGCUUGCUGCCACCGCCACGCCCCUGGGCGCCGUGGCCCGCCUCGCGGGCGUCAAGGAGCCGCGCUUGGCCUCCGACGACUUGGUGCAGCAGUUCUUCCAGACGUCCGCCAAGGAGGUGCUGAUUGCCAACUUAACCGCCGGCUUGGGCGCCGGCCGCAUCCGGCUUUUGGUGGACACGGCUAUCUGGGGUGCCCCUGCGGGCUCCGUGUUGCAGGUGGCCACCGCGCUGGCAACGGCGUGCGUGGCGGCGGCCGCCGUCAAGGCACACUUGGAAAGCACGGGAAUCGAGGUGAUUCCCGCGGACUUUGCCGAGGCCGCCGCGGGCGCCGGCGCGCCCGGCGCCGUGGCGGCUGCGGGUGGCAGCAGGCGCAAAAACGCGGCCAAAAAAGACAAGGAGGCCGCCAAGUUGGAGGACGCCAAGUUGAUUGGCAUCACCGUCGACAAGGAGAAGGACUUCUCCUCGUGGUACUCGCAGGUGGUGGUCAAGGGCGAGAUGUUGGACUACUACGACGUGUCCGGGUGCUACAUCUUGCGCCCCAACUCGUACUUCGUGUGGGAGGAGAUCCAGGACUGGUUCAACCAGCGCAUCCGCAGGAUGGGCGUCAAGAACUCGUACUUCCCCAUGUUCGUGUCGUCCAAGGUGCUCGAGAAGGAGAAGGACCACGUGGAGGGCUUUGCGCCCGAGGUGGCGUGGGUCACGCGCGCCGGCUCGUCCGAGUUGGACGAGCACAUUGCCAUCCGGCCCACGUCGGAAACCGUCAUGUACCCGUACUACGCCAAGUGGAUCCGCUCGCACCGCGACUUGCCCUUGCGCUUGAACCAGUGGAACUCCGUGGUGCGCUGGGAGUUCAAGCACCCGCAGCCGUUCUUGCGCACGCGUGAGUUCUUGUGGCAGGAGGGCCACACCGCGCACUUGACCAAGGCCGGCGCCGAGCAGGAGGUGGCGCAGAUCUUGGACCUCUACAAGAGCAUCUACGAGGAGUUGUUGGCCGUGCCGGUGAUCAAGGGCGUCAAGUCCGAGAACGAGAAGUUCGCGGGUGCCGACUUCACCACCACCGUGGAGGGCUUCAUUGCAGCCACGGGCCGCGGCAUCCAGGGCGCCACGUCGCACCACUUGGGCGACAACUUCUCGCGCAUGUUCAACAUUUCCGUGGAGAGCCCCGAGGGCGCGGACCAGCCGCGCGUGUUUGCGCAGCAGAACUCCUGGGGCUUGUCCACGCGUGUCAUUGGCGUGAUGGUCAUGACGCACUCCGACAACAAGGGCUUGGUGUUGCCGCCGCGCGUGGCCCAGACCCAGGUCGUGGUGAUCCCCGUGGGCUUGACCGCCAAGUCCUCGGCGGAGCAGCGCGAGCAGGUCACCAGCGGCGCCGAGAAGAUCGAGGCCGCGUUGGCCGACGCCGGCGUGCGUGUGGUGGGCGACUACAGAGACAACUACUCUCCCGGCUGGAAGUUUGCCGACAGCGAGUUGAAGGGCGUGCCCUUGCGCGUGGAGUUUGGCCCCAAGGACUUGGCCGCGGGCCUGGUCACCGCGGUGAGGCGUGACACCAACGAGAAGUACGCCGUCAAGUUGGACGACUUGGCCACGCGCAUCCCGCAAAUCUUGGACACCAUCCAGAAGGGCUUGUUGGAGGCCGCGCGCGCCAAGUUCGACCAGCACCGCGUGACCGUGGAGGCCUGGGAGGACUUCGUGCCCACGCUCAACGCCAAGAACGUGAUCUUGGCGCCGUGGUGCGGAGUGCCCGAGUGCGAGGACGAAAUCAAGGACGCGUCCGCAAAGAAGGACGAUGGCGAUGACGAGGAGCAGGACGAGCGCGCGCCUUCCAUGGGCGCCAAGUCCUUGUGCAUCCCCCACGACCAGCCCGCCUUGAAGGAGAACCAGAAGUGUGUGCGGUGCGCCCGCAUGGCCGUCAACUACACCUUGUUCGGCCGGUCCUACUGA